CACGCACUCACCCGCCUGCUAUUCUUCCGCUACUGCCGAGCAGCACCAUCGCCGCCUUCGCCCGGGGUGCCCUCUCCCACCGCAAACUUGGGCGCCUCCAGGAGGGGCUUUUUUCCCCCAUGCACCCCUCAGUCCCUGCGUGGCAGCCGGGUAAGGUGAGCCGCCUUGUUGGAUCUCCCUGCUUGGAGCUGUUGCCGCAGGUUAUGAAGGAAGAAUGGAGUUUCCAGACCAUAGCCGCCAGUUGCUGCAGUGUCUGAGUCAGCAGCGUCACCAGGGCUUCCUGUGUGACUGUACUGUUUUAGUUGGAGAAGCUCAGUUCAGAGCCCACAGAGCUGUUCUUGCUUCUUGCAGCAUGUACUUCCAUCUUUUCUACAGGGACCAGUUAGACAAAAGGGAUAUUGUGCAUCUGAACAGUGACAUUGUCACAGCCCCAGCCUUCAGUCUGCUGCUUGAAUUCAUGUACGAAGGAAAGCUGGAGUUUAACAGUCUUCCAGUUGAAGAUGUGCUCGCUGCAGCGAGCUACCUUCACAUGUAUGACAUUGUGAAAGUCUGCAAGGGCAAGUUGAAAGAUAAAGAAUUGUGUUUGGAAGAAAAGAUGAAUGAUGAUGUGGCAAAUUUGGAAAAAGAGGAGCAUUUUUUAGACACGGGAGUGCCCCUGGUACACGAGUUUGACCCGGGACACAAACAAAAAUUCACUGUCGCAGAAUAUGAUAGAUCAACGAAUAAAGAUAGGAUCAGUGGUCACCCUGGCUGGUCCUCUGAUCUUAUAAGUGUCAGCUCUGUGUCUGCAGAGGCAGAAUCGUGCACCACAGCAGCUGGAAAAACAAAGGCGACUGUCAAUAGUUCUGCAGGAUCUUUGUCCCAAAGGUCUGUUAACCAUACCCCGGCUUCAAAUGAUGUGGACUGUGCUCUGGAUUUGUCUUUCAAGCCUGUGUCUGGGAGAGAUUCCUUACACCCCUCCUACGUCUUUGGACAGCUGGCUUCCGACAGCCAGCAGCAGGGUACUGAGCCACUUGUUAAAGAUGAACAAGACUUGCUGUCAGAUCAGGAGGACAGUGAAGCAAGGAGUCCAGAGAGUCAGCAUUUUGGGAAUUCAGCCAAAAGCCUAGUGACAGGGUUAGGACACAUGUUCACAGGAAAUGGCAAUUCUCAUGCAAGAGAAGAUGAUAUAGAUCAAGACCGAGAUGAGAGUGAAGAUGACAUGGAUUCAUCAGAUAUCUCCUCCUCUGGUGUGCUUGUGCCUCCUGGGCAUAUCUGCAUUUGCCCCCUUUGUAGCAAAGUUUUUCCAAGCCCACACAUCCUGCAACUGCACCUGAGCUCUCACUUCAGAGAUAAAGAUGGCUCAAGGACCAGGUUGUCACCUGAUGGUUCGGUGCCCACCUGUACGCUUUGUGGGAAGACUUUUUCUUGCAUGUACACCUUAAAGAGACACGAAAGGACUCACUCCGGUGAAAAGCCUUACACCUGUGCCCAGUGUGGAAAGAGCUUCCAGUAUUCGCACAAUCUCAGCCGUCACGCAGUAGUGCAUACCAGAGAGAAACCCCAUGGCUGCAAAUGGUGUGAAAGACGAUUUACACAAUCCGGUGACUUAUACAGACACAUCCGUAAAUUUCAUUGUGGCCUCGUAAAGUCCUUGGUGGUUUGAGACAAGCUGUUGUUGUUGUUGUUGUUGUUGCUAAUGUAAUGUGUGGGGUUUUUAAGGCAGCAUCUGAUUUUCUUUUUUUACUGAUAUCCACAUCAGUUAAUGAUGUUGAAAGAUGCUUAAGUAUACACUUCAAUGGCCUUUUUGCCACAGCCGCCUUUUUUUCCCCUGUUCCCCU